AUGUUACACUGUCUCAACACUUCGGGUAAUCUAAUAGGAGGAGAAACGACCAUUUCCGACAUGACACUGUUACAAACACAAAAACCAACCAUCAACUUUCAACAAUUUUCUUCUUCUUCUCCACAGUUUAUGAUGGUGGCUUGUGAUUCCGCUCUUGGCGAAGUCGUUGCUAAUAAUGGAUUCGGAAAAUAUAUCAUUAAGAAAAGAAAAGCUGAAAUUAAUGAUAGUAAUAAUAAUAAUUCUAAGGUUGUUGAUGUUGUUCAAGAGUGUGACAAGAGGAUCAAAAUGAGUGCAGAAGAAGAGGAAUCCAAAACCAGUGAGCAAACUACAAAGGGACACAAGAAUACAAAGCUCAACAAUGGAUCGAAAAGAGAAAAUUCUGGUGAUACUAAUUCAAAGGAAAAGCUUGAUUACAUUCAUGUUCGAGCACGUCGUGGUCAAGCCACGGAUAGUCAUAGCUUAGCAGAAAGAGUUAGAAGGGAAAAAAUAAGCGAGAGGAUGAAGUAUUUACAAGAUUUAGUGCCAGGAUGCAACAAAAUUGCAGGAAAAGCUGGAAUGCUUGAUGAAAUCAUUAACUAUGUUCAAUCUCUUCAAAGACAAGUUGAGUUCUUGUCAAUGAAAUUAGCAGCUGUAAAUCCAAGACUUGACUUCAACAUUGAUGAAUUGUUUGUCAAAGAGAUUUUUCCUCAAAAUUUUCCAACCAUAGGGAUGCAAUCAGACAUGACUAACCCUACUACAUAUCUUCAAUUUAAUUCAGCACAACAACUAGUUUCAAGUUGUGGUGGAUUAAUAAACAAUAUGGGGAUAAUCUCUUCGGAAAUCGGGCUUUGGAGGAACAUUAGUAUCCCCACGUCUACAUCUUUACCCGAAAUCUUUGACUCGUCAUGUUUCACCCAUAUCUUACCCUCUUCAACUUGGGAAGGUGAUUUUCAAAACCUUCACAGUGUGGAUUUUGAUCAAGGAAGAUCAUUGUCUUUUCCUUCUCAACCAUUCACAGGCAUGGUUGAAGCUAGCAAUUUGAAGAUGGAGAUGUAA